GCGAGCAGCGGACACGCGGCGGCCGCUCCUGCAGCCUCCCCGGACCGCGGGACCCCGGCGCGCUCCUGCCCCCUCCAGAGCGGCGCUCGCGCUGCUGCCCCGCUUGCCGUCUCCAGAAUGAUUCCCUGCCGAGCUGCACUGUCUUUUGCCCGCUGUCUUAUCCGAAGAAAAAUCGUCACCUUGGACAGUCUAGAAGAUACCAAAUUAUGCCGCUGCCUAUCUACCAUGGACCUCAUCGCCUUGGGAGUUGGGAGCACUCUUGGUGCUGGGGUUUACGUCCUCGCAGGGGAAGUUGCAAAAGCAGACUCUGGUCCCAGCAUCGUUGUCUCCUUCCUCAUCGCUGCCCUGGCGUCGGUGAUGGCUGGCCUUUGCUACGCUGAAUUUGGGGCCCGAGUUCCCAAGACAGGCUCAGCAUACUUAUACACUUAUGUCACCGUGGGAGAAUUGUGGGCUUUCAUCACUGGCUGGAAUCUCAUUCUGUCUUAUGUGAUAGGUACGUCAAGUGUUGCAAGAGCGUGGAGUGGCACCUUUGAUGAACUUCUUAACAAACAGAUCGGCCAGUUUUUUAGGACAUACUUCAAAAUGAAUUAUACCGGCCUUGCAGAGUACCCUGAUUUCUUUGCUGUAUGCCUCAUCCUGCUGCUAGCAGGUCUUUUGUCCUUUGGAGUGAAAGAGUCUGCGUGGGUGAAUAAAAUCUUCACCGCUAUUAAUAUCCUGGUCCUCCUCUUCGUUAUGGUUGCUGGGUUUGUGAAGGGAAAUGUGGCAAACUGGAAGAUUAGUGAGGAGUUUCUCAAAAACAUAUCAGCAAGCGCCAGAGAGCCACCGACUGAAAAUGGAACGAGUAUCUAUGGAGCUGGUGGCUUCAUGCCUUAUGGUUUUGCAGGAACGUUGGCUGGGGCUGCAACCUGCUUUUAUGCCUUCGUGGGAUUUGACUGCAUUGCAACAACUGGUGAAGAAGUCCGAAAUCCUCAGAAAGCGAUUCCUAUUGGAAUUGUGACUUCUCUGCUUGUUUGCUUUAUGGCCUAUUUUGGGGUAUCCGCUGCCUUAACACUUAUGAUGCCAUACUACCUCCUGGAUGAAAAAAGCCCCCUUCCUGUAGCCUUCGAAUACGUUGGAUGGGGUCCCGCCAAGUAUGUCGUGGCUGCAGGCUCUCUCUGUGCUCUCUCCACAAGUCUUCUGGGCUCUAUGUUUCCUUUACCCCGGAUUCUGUUUGCCAUGGCCCGGGAUGGUUUACUGUUUAGAUUUCUUGCCAGAGUGAGUAAGAGGCAGUCACCAGUUGCUGCCACGCUGACUGCAGGGUUCAUCUCUGCUGUCAUGGCCUUCCUCUUUGACCUGAAGGCCCUCGUGGACAUGAUGUCCAUAGGCACGCUUCUGGCCUACUCUCUGGUCGCAGCCUGUGUGCUCAUCCUCAGGUACCAGCCUGGCUUAUCUUAUGAGAAGCCCAGGUACACUCCUGAGAAGGAAGCCAUGGGACCAGGCAGCAGUGCAGCCUCCAAGAGCAACUCCCAGGUCACUAUGCUGCAGGGACAGAGCUUUGGCCUGCACACCAUCCUCAGCCCUUCUGUGCUGCCCACCUCCCAGUCAGCUACUCUAGUGAGCUUUCUCGUCGGAUUCCUCGCAUUUCUUGUUUUGGGCCUGAGUAUUCUGACCACUUACGGUGUCCGUGCCAUCGCCAGGCUGGAAGCAUGGAGCAUUGCUCUUCUGGUGCUCUUUCUUGUCUUCUGCAUUGCCAUUGUUGUCGUCAUUUGGAGGCAGCCUCAGAACCAACAAAAAGUAGCCUUUAUGGUUCCGUUCUUACCAUUUCUGCCAGCCUUCAGCAUCCUGGUGAACAUUUACUUGAUGGUCCAAUUGAGCGCAGACACUUGGAUCAGAUUUAGCAUUUGGAUGGCACUUGGUUUCUUGAUUUACUUUAGUUAUGGCAUCAGACACAGCCUGGAGGGUAGUAACUCGAGGAACGAAGAGGAGGAGGACACCUACUCAGACAACAUCAAGGGGGCAGAAGAAAAGUCUGCCAUUCAAGCAAAUGAGCACCACCAGCGGAAACCCAGUUUACCUUUCAUCUUGCACGAAAAGACGAGCGAGUUCUGAUGCUUCCCGCGCAGAGCAGAUCGGGUCCAUGUUCUGGCUGGCGCGCAGCUCCUCUGUGGAGGAAGCCGCAAGAGAUGUGGUCAUCGUACUUGGCUGUCGUGGGUCUGCCGCACACGUGCCCUGACUUAGCCUCACUCACCUGGAUGCUACCUCCAGGUGAUCACUCACAUGGCGAAGCCUCCUGAACUCUCUCCUCACAGAAAAUUUUUCCCAGAAGAGUGGGCAUGAGAAUGUCUGUCUGUCUGUCUGUCUGUCUGUCUGUGCUGGGGAAUAAGCAUGUUGCAAGUCGUUGGUGUCUCCCUGUGCACGUUACAUUUCCCCGUGGUGGUGUUCAUGACUGGUGUGUGUUGUGUGGGUCCUGCUGAAAUGGACGGAUCACUGAAGAGAAACGUGGUUUGUGGAUUCUCCACACUGUUGGGGGGAAUGCCUGUUGCUUUUUCUUACCAAUCUUUAUCAGUGCCAUUAGAGAACUUGCCAAAGUGCAGCGUCAUAGUAUCUGUCACUGGUCAGGAGUCAGAGGAACACAGUUGCCAAUAGCAAGUAUAUAUUUCAAGAUCGGAGUUACACAUGCCUUGGAUAAGUAGACCCCAAGGCAGUCCUGUUUGUCCAAAGUCACUUCAAGCUAAUCGAUUUCUCCCAGCUAAUGCAAUUGGUAGACUUAUUCAGCCCUUCCCCACUGAUAACUCUAGUUUUCCGUUAUUAAACAAUUAAUAACAGCUUUUAAAACCUUGUCAGGCACAGAAUUCAUCCUUUUGUUUCUGUUAUUACUUGGUCUUAUCUUAGAUAUGAGGGUACAGUAGGAAAUUGUAUCUUAAUUACAGUUAAGAAGAAGGAAUGACAGGAUGUCAGGAGAGAAACCUGGUUUUGGUAUGACAGUGCCGCAGAGGGGUUGGAUCUAAUGUAACUUGGAUAUUUAUUUUGAAAGCAGUUAGAGAUGUUUUUCUUUGCUCAAUUCUAGGUCUUUACAUUUCAGUUUUAUUUAAAUGAAACUAUCAAUGGGUGGGGGAAUAAUUGUUUUGUUUAAGUACAUGAUAAUAUUCAAACUGAAAUUAUAACCAAAUUAUGAUGAAAACACCCCAAAUAGAUACAAUCUUUUUAUGAGUCAAUAAUUUUUUUACAUGUAAAAUUUUACUCUCCUAAUUAUACUUUUUAGGGUAUUCUAGUUCCUGACUACUUACCCACAGUGUGUUUGCUUCUCAUGAAUUGUUUUUCUUACACAUAAUCAAAUGGUUCAGUGGGUGAUGGCAGAGUCCAAACAUUUCUGUAUACAAAUAAGUUGCAGGCAUGAAUGUUCUCAGGUCCACCAGGCAACCAGUUCAAUACCAAGGGAAAGAACACGGUUUUCUGACAGUUUUACCAAGCAAUUAUUUUAUUGAUGCCAUUUUUAAAAAGCAGGUUGCAAUGAAACAAUCCAAACAGGCAUUUUCUUGUGAUUAAAUAUCUAAUACACAGAUAGGAAGCCAGAGCUUCUGACAACUAGUCUUGUAGCAUCCCUGACCUCAAUCCUAUGGCUGGCAUUCCACAGUAUCCAGGGCAUUCCUAGGAAAAUCUGUAGCUCAGAAUUCUCUCUUGAGCUGCUGUUUUACAAAAGAGUACUUGGAUCAGCAAAGAGUGAAAUAGUUUUUUGCAGAGACUGUAGGGAGUCUCAUAUAUCUGCCCUUGUAGCUAGAAUAGGCCCUUCACACAUGAGGAAUUUCAUUUAUCAGUGAAUAUUUUACUGUAACAAGUCAAGAAAUUGGUUUAGAAUCUGAUAGGCAGCUAAAACUAUCUUCCCUGCUGUGUUCAAUUUGAAGCAAAAUUUAGUUAAAAUUUUUUCCACAUUAACAUUCUUGGUAAACACAGUUACUUAUGAAAAGUGCUUUGUCAGUGACUAUGCCUUUUUCUGUGAAAACGUGUGCUCAUAUUUAUAUAUGUAUAUAUAUCUACAUAUAUACAUAUAUAUGAAUGUCUGUAUAUCUAUAUCUGUAGAUAAGUUUUGUGUUUCCAGUGUCAGCAUAUAAAUCAGUGGGUUUGUGAUAAACUUUGGAAAUGAUGCCAUUGUAUGGAUUUAAAAACCCAGCUGAUAUAGAAAUUAAUGUUUUAUAUUGCUAGGUGUGGUUAGACAAAAUUGUUAAGUUUUAAACUAUUUUGAAAUAUAGAGCGAUUUUAUAUGUAUAAUAUUUUCUAUAGGUAGAUUCUUUUAAAAGGCUAUUUAUGAUGUUUCUCAUGAAAUCACUAAGCUCUAGCACAGUGCAACAGGUGCUUUAUAAUUAGAAAUGGAAAGAGGGCGUGGAAAGUUGGGGGGGCGGUUAUUUGUUUUUGUUUGGUGUUUGUGUUCCUCUGCUCUCAUUUCUGCUUUGGUAUGUCUUUAUUAGCAAAAGCCAGUACUGCCAGCUCAUUUACCACUUCUGUGUUCCAACAUCUGAAUUCAUAGUCUUUUAACAAACUGUCAUUUUUUACUUAAGAGUAUCAAACUGUUUUGUAUAGAUUUGACUAGUAGUCAGUAUUUCUUUUAUGAACUGUAAAAUUUCAAGGCCUCCAUAAUCUUCUCACAGUGCAGACAGCUUCAGCUCUGAUUUAACUACAUGUUCUCAACUUGUUCAUGGGGAAACUUUUAACAGUACCUUUAUUUUAUACUCUUUUUCAAAAGAUUAUUUGUAAUUGCCUACCGUGCAUUUAAGAAAGUAGUUAUGUUAACUGAAGUUUAAAGUCUAUUUAUGGAAAAAUAUUAUUAUGAAUUUUGAUGUAUACUGUAAUAUGUAAACUGAUGUAUACUGUAAGUGUAAACUGCUCAAUCACCUUCCCUCCAGGGAUAAGUAUCAAGAACACUAAGACCAAACAUCAUGUGGAAUAUAUAAACUAAAAAAUAUAUAAUUGGGAAGCUGGAGUGAUAGCUCAGUGGGCUGUGCGUCUGCUUUGCAUGCUGGGGGCCCAGCUUUGAUUCCCCAGACCGCAUGUUCCCUUAGUCAUUACCAGGCAUGACCCUUGAGCUAGGAGUAUCACUUAAGCACUGACAGGAGUAGCCCAAAAACAAAAAAUUAAAAGAAAACUAAUGUCACAUGUAACAUUUUAGUAUUAUCAACUAUAGUUGAUACCAGAUACUCCGGUUCAGAAUUAUCUUUCUCUAAAGAUACAAGCUUCUCUUUUAAUUUUUCUGAAUAAAGAUAUUUUAGCCCUCAGCUUAAAUAUUAACCAAAGUAUUUUUAAAGCUCUGGGUGUUUACAAGAAGUGGUUUUUAUAUUCUUAAGUUAGAAACUAUAGAGAAUUGUUAUGUUUAUUUAAGUGUUUAUCAGGGGAAAUAAAGAAAAAGAAUUGCCCUCCACUACUGGCCAUAGCAAUGGAAUCUGGUGGUCCUCUUUUUUCCUGUUAAAUGAGGGCAUAUUUCAAGAUCUCAAGCCACAGGAUAAAGUUGUGUCAAGAUUCCAACUUUCCGUUCCUGUGAUGUUCUCCUAAUGUUUUCUGAUGUGCAUCAAAGAGCUGUUUAACACCAAAAUAUGAUUUCCACAGGACAUUAAAGCACUUGGGGGCAGAGAAAUAGCACAGCAGGUGAGGCACUUGCCUUUCAUGAACCCACUGGGUUCAAUCACCAGCACACCACAUGGUCCCCCAAGCCACACCAGGAAUGGUCUUGGUCAAGUGUGCCCGUGCUGUGCCCCCUUCCCCAAAGCAAAGCAUUGUGUUCAGAAUACACAUUAUGAAACAUUGAGAUUCAGGGUGGGUGUGCAGUUUAUUUUGGAGGGGAACUCUGACUGCUCCUUUUACUAGUACCAAAAUAGUGCCUUCUGUAUAUUUCAUUUUCCAGUUAUGUCUUCUCAUAUACUAAGUUAUUAAGAAGCACUAAAGUCCAUAUAGUAAAUGAGGACAGGAGAUCAUUAAGUCACACAGAUUUGGAAAUAAGGUUGCUUGACUUUGUUUCACUGAGAUUUUUUUCCCUCAUAUAAUUAUAUUUAAGCAUUUUGAAGAGGCUUUCCGGUUUCUAGAGUUUGAGAUGCCUGAUGUGCUAUUGUAGCUAUUGGCUUUUGUAUUAUUUAUAUGUAUACCAUUUAGCUUGAUUGAUUUCAAAUGUAUUUUAUUACAAAUCAGCCUAAUUGGCAAUUGUAUUUACUGCUCUCACUCUUCUCAGCUUUUAUUCACCGUAUUCAAAGCGACUGCUGAUUUGGAAGAACUUUCCAUGACCUCUCAUAGACCGAUGGGGUUCAUAGCCAAGACCCUGGGCUGGUUCCAGGGUCAGGCAACCUAUAAAGUAUAAGUGUAACCCUCUGUAGUUACCCUGUGGUGGGGUCUCCAAAUGAUAGAGUUGGGUGGGAGUUGUAAAAGACUGCCCCUGAGAGUAAGGUAGAUGGGUUCUUUAAUUUCUGUUCUGAGAGCCCCAUGAAUAGAUAAGGUAUAUGAUAAGGAACCCAUAUGACUCCUGAAAGGGGGUGACUUUCCUGGAACAGGUCCUCUGGGGCCUGACCCACUCAGCAUGGGCUAAAGCUCAGUUGCUGAAGAGCUUGUUUCAACAGUGGACUGGGUUCUUUGACGCAGGCCUGGCAGAUAAUCUUUGCGUGCACUAGGGGUUCUGAAUUGCCUUUCUGUUGUAUUGUUAGCAUCAUUUUACUUCAUAGAACCCGGCUUGGACCUAAAACACCAGAGAAAAGUCUUUGUCUUUAAAAACCAAUAAAUACUUUGGAUUUGUGGGAAUGGAAAGAUUGUUUUUGUUUAGGAAUUAAUUUUAAAUUUAAAUAUUUUAAAUGAUAAUCAGUGUUCCUUUUUACUUGUAAAGCUGGAUUAUUUUUUAGAAUUUUUAAUAAAGACUGUUGCUGCCUUACCACUGUAAACUAUGCUUUCUAAUGUGACCAUGUAUUUUUUAAAUAAAAUUUAAAUAUGACUUGUAA